CGUUGUUGUUCUUUGACAGUUGUCAAAGUGACAACUUAAUAAAAUAAACAUGAUAUCAAAACAGUUAAAUAACUAGAGUUAACUUUGACCAAGAAAACAUUUUCAACCUUUGACCAUCUGAUGUCCAGAGCGUAUCGAAAUAAUAACUGGUCAUACUGAAGGCCAGCAUGUAACGAUUUCACAACAUCCAACAACAAUUUAGUUUUACUUAUAUCGAACGACUGGCAUCAAGUAUUUAACCUAAAACUGUUCAGAUGGCCGAAAAAAUGGGCAACGCUUCGAGUGUUUGGGAACAGACGUACAAGGAAAUCGAAUGUAAGCACAAUUUGGUAUUCAGGACCAUAGAGGAGGCGAUAACGCUGGAGGAACGUGAAAAACCAAACGAGGCCAUAGCGAAAUACAAGGAGGGCAUCGAAUACAUCGACCAGGCAUUAAACAUCCAGGUGACGUGUCCCGAAAACCCCGACGUAACAUGGGAGAAGGCCUGUGUCAUGAUUCAAAAGAUCAAAAAGACGAGAGCCGAAGUAUCUAUGAGAAUACACAGCAUUCAGUCAGCACCUGGUUUCACACCAAGUGUGGAGGACGCCCCCCCCUCUUACGAUGAAGUCAUGUCCAACGCCUCAGAAAGUGACCUACCCAGGACCUACCAUGAGCUAGCUGAGGCCCUAAAUGACCUAAGUGUUGACUCCAACAGCUUGGAAGAGGAGGUCAUCUACGUGUGCGAGGGAAUACGCAUUUACUUCAUCAGGGCUAACGGUGAGGUGGAGUCAGUUAGGGACCCACAGACUUUGAAGAUCUCCUGGGUUGAUGGCAAUGAAGUGAAUGCUCCUAAGGCCAUCCUGCAGGUCGGAGCUUGGGUUUACCCUUUGGUGCCUGGAGUUUCACCUUGUUACAGGACUGACUAUGGGGCCUUUGUGUUGCCCAACGUUGAAGAGCCAGGUGGCUCAAUUGGACUAAUAUUGCCUUCAGAGGCUGACUCUGAUGUGUAUGACAUCUUGGAAAACAUACUCCAUGGAAUAAUAAGCACAGACACCACAACACUACCUAGGACCACCAAGCCCCAGGAGGCUGACACCAGCACAAAGAUAUCAAAUACAAUAGUCAAUGGUGGCUGGUUUCUGUCCCAGGCUUUGGUGAAAGGCGCCGAAAAAGCUGGAGAACUCCUCAACUACACAACCCCCAAGCUCAUAGACCACAUGGAUCGAGCCCCUGAGCCCACAGCAGUGCCCAGGAAAUUAUCCAAGGGGAUGCAAAUAGCUGAAAACGCCACUUGUAAGGCUGCUGAGGUCACCGGAUUUGUGGCUGACAAAGUGGGUAUAGCCACAAUGAAGCUGGGGCAAUUUCUGGCACCGCACAUACAAAAAGGUGGCACUAAACUUCUGUCCUCUGGCUUAAACAUGAGUGAACAGGAGGCUUCCAAUAAAAUGCAGGGGGUGUUAACAGUGGCUGCUGGAGCAGUUGAGGGCUUCACCACAGUUUACAGGGGCUUAGAAACGUCCGCCUCAAUAUUGGGGAACAACUUGAAAAACAACACCGUUAAAAUCGUUCAACACAAGUAUGGAACUGAUGCUGGAGAAUUCACUGAUACGUCUCUAAAUACUGUGGGUAAUGUCUACAACAUAAGCAAAAAUGCUAAGAUCAUAACACCAAAGGGCCUGGCCAAAAAAACUGGUAAAGACAUGGGUAGAGCGGUGAUUAAUUCGUACGCACAUCGUCGCCAUCCUCACCGAAGUUCAUUACCAGGUCCUUCAAGGAUGCAAGGAACUUAUCAGAGAUUGAGUCCGAGUGAAGAGGACCAUGGAGCUAGUAAUGGGUUGCUGAAGGCUGAUGAGUCGAAGUCAGAAUUACAUAAGACCGACAAAGAAUGAAAUAUUCAUGAAUUUUAAUUAAAUUCGACUAUAUGAUUUGUGUUUAAUAUAUGCGGUUUAUUAUUAUUUGGUACAUGUAAUCUGUGAUAAUUAUGAAAUCUUUAUAUAAAAAUUAUAAAAUUUUAUUUUUUUAUUAGUUCCUUAAGUAGAAUAGUUAUUCCGGUUAUUGUUAAGGAUUUUUAAUUAAUAAGUUAUUAAUUCCAGAUACUCCACUCAUGAUGUCGUUAAAACGGGCUGGUUAUGUUUUGUUACAUUCCACAGAAGACCUUAAGGAUAUUGUUAGUUGUAGGAAUUUAAAUAUAAAACAGAACAAAAUUAAUUGACAUUUAAUGUGAUAUUGUUUAACUUAUUAUAUUGUUUAAAAAUGUUCUUGGUUGAUGUAUGUAAUUUUAUUCUUUUGAUAAUAAAAUUUGUUACAAUUUA